AAAAAUCGAUGUGAAAGUGUUUCUUUGUUGUUUGUUGAUUAGUCAAAUCGGGGCACAGCCACUAAUCGCACGUCAUGGCGGAGCAUAACAUGAGCUACGAGCAGGAAUGCCAGAGAGCCGAACUGCUGGGACAAGAGCCGCCGGAUCAGGCGGAAUUUGAGCGACAACGCAGCGCACGCAUCGAACAGCAAAUGGCUGAAAUGGAAGUCGCCGAGGCAACCAUGCUGGAGGAGCAGGAGGAAUCACUGCGUGGCGCUGGCGGCAAGCUGGACGAGCUAAAUAGCAUAUUGAACAGUACGCAGCAGCGCUUAAAUCGCUUCAAGCAGACCGCAUGCGGCAGCCUCUCCAAUCUAUUUGCUCGUGGCGGCAGCAUUAGUGGCGCCAGUGAUGUACCUAACAACGGAGGUGGCGGCAGCGGCGGGGAGGAACCAACUAGGCAGCAACCCGUAGAACGGCAACCAAAGCCACAGCCGCUGGGACCGCCAACUGCCGCAGAAGUGGCGGCCGCCAAGGCAGCCAAGAGUCUGAGAAUGGAUACGCAGCUGGACAAGCUGGAUGCGCUGAUUAACAAGGCGGAUAACGCGCAGUUGGCGAUGGGCGAGCAGACAAAGCAGAUGCGUCGCAUGGCCAAGUAAAAAUCAUACUUAA